AUGCUGCCCCUGUACAUCAUGCUCCUGUGCAUCACGGAAAAGGAUAUGCUCCUGCUUACACUGAUUAGUUUGGAUCACGAGUGCAUUGUACCUAGAAAGCCUCCACACUACGCCUAUGAGUACGCCGUCAACGACGACUACGCCGGCACCCACUUCGGCCACUCGGAGGCUCGCGACGGCUACAACACGGAGGGUAAGUACUUCGUGCACCUCCCCGACGGCCGCGUCCAGACCGUCACUUAUUACGCCGACGAGACUGGCUACCACCCCACCGUCUCCUAUGAGGGGACGGCCCACUACGACGUCCACGCAGCCGUCCCUCACCACGCCCCUGCCAAGGCUUACCACGCCCCUGAACCAUCAAAAGUCUCUCAUAGACAAGAGAAUUCCAGUUCCUAUUAUACAUACUAUGACAUUUCAUAA